AUGAUCUAUCACGGACAGGACACGGUCGAGGUCCCGAACCUGGACCUCUUGUCGCUAUUAUUCGAUUCCGAACACUGUCUCGCUAAAGACGAUACACCGCUAUAUGCUGAGGCGGAUCACCCAACCAAAGCUAUCACCAAAUCUCAGGCCAGAGUUCUCACGAAGCAGAUUGCGUUCUUCCUUCGCAGCAAGUACGGUAUCGGAAAAGAUGGGAAGAGUGGUGUCGUGGCGUCUAUGGCUGUCGGGCAGUCAACGCUGGCAUGUGUCUUCUUCGGCGUUGUCGCAGCAGGAGGCAUCUAUUCCGCCAUCAGUCCCUCAAGUCCAGACCACAUCGAGAGCAAAGUAAAGGACGCAAAACUGGUCGUGUGCAGUCCUGAAACGAAGGAUUUGGCCUUGAAGGCUGGCGCGAAACCCUCGCAUGUUCUGGUCUUGGAAUCGUACCCAGAAGUGAGGCUAGAAAGUGCAGAUGGCAAGGUCAAGUGUGACUUUAAAUCGUCAGGGCCAAAGAACACGCUGAACUGGAAGGUUACGACUGACGCCGAAGAACUUCGCAAAACUCCCAUUUGCCUCAUCUAUUCGUCAGGCACAACGGGUGUUCCCAAGGGUAUUCUCAUCUCACACGCAAACAUGGUCGCCCAGGCGUAUCUGCCUUCCCACAUCAACCGUCGCGUCUGGAAUGAAUGGGCCGAGGCAGGACACGAACAGUCGACAGGCGAAACGCCCUUGGGAGACGGGUACAGAACCCUUGCCCACCUGCCUCCCGCGCACAUCUCCGGAAUCCAGGGCUACUUCGUCAACCCGUUCCUUGACGGCGGGAUCACAUACUGGGCCUCCUUCGCGGGUGGUUUCGACAUGGUCAAGUUUCUGGGGUACAACAAGACCCUCAAAAUCACGACCUUCUUCACGGCCCCGCCCAUCUACGAUGGCAUCGCCAAGCUCCACCAGCACAAGCCGGCCCUCGUGCACGGCACGUUCCGAUCUCUCAGGGUCGCGUACAGCGGAGGCGCGGCCCUGCUGCCGCAGCCUCUGCUGGCGGGCCGGGCCGACGAGGUGCUGGGCGACCCUGAAGAGGGCAGGCCGGUCCUGAUCAGCCAGACGUGGGGUUCCACGGAAACCACGGGAGCCGUGACGCACAUGCCGCCCGACAGGGCGGGCUGGGCGACGCUGGGGAGCGUGGGCCCGCUGCUGCCGGGCAUGUCGAUGAGGCUUGUCGACGACGAUGGCAGGGACGUGGCGAAGGGGGAGCCGGGAGACGCGUUGCUCAAGGGGCCCAUGGUGAUGGUGGGUUAUCACAAGAACCCUGAGGCGAGCAGGGCCGCGUUUACGGAGGACGGGUGGUUCCGUACGGGUGACUCCGUGAGGGUUGAUGGAGAUACGCUGUAUUAUGUGGAUCGGAAUCAGGUGAGUUGGGUAUUUUCUGAGGAUAUGGACUACUCCGUUAUGCUUGCGCGGCUGGUCAUGAACCGGGACGCUUUCAUGAAUGGGGAUACAAAGGUCUACCCCUCCGAGCUGGAAACAAUCUUGCGUUCACACAGAGCGGUGGCCGACGCCGCCGUGGUUGGCGUACCUCGAUCCAAAGAUGGAAUCAAAGACGCUACCAACCAAGUUCCUAGAGCUCUCGUAGUUCUGUCACCCCAAGCUGCUGGCGCGCAAAACCCGGGCCACGUGGCACUGGAGCUGGUUGAUGAUGUUGGAAGGAGGGUGGCAGGUGGGAAACAGUUGUUGGGAGGCAUCGAGAUUGUGAAGUCGAUCCCCCGAGCUCCUGUGGGGAAGAUCUUGCGAGCAGAGUUGAAGAAGAUCCUCAAAUAG